AAAAAGUAGCUUUGCGUGUCAGCCUUCUUGACAGUUCUCCUCACCGCGCGCAGCAAUUAGAGGCAAUUAUCAAGUGAGGAGCGGCUGAGAAGUUGGUCGUUUUCUGAGGGUGAUCAGCGGCGACCUCCGACCAUGGCCUACACGCUAGGCUCGGCCAACGACGGCCAGACCCGCAGCGUUGCUCCUCAGCACUGCGUCACUCGGGUGGAGCUGUCCGUCACCGCCACCAGCCUGCUGGACCGAGACGUGGCCUCCAAGUCCGACCCGUUCUGCGUCCUGUUCCAUGAAGUGGACGGAAACUGGGUGGAGUUGGGACGGACUGAAACGGCUGUGAACAACCUGAACCCGGUGUUCGGAGUGAAGUUUCAGGUGGACUACCACUUCGAAGAGAUCCAGAAGCUUCGGUUUGCCAUGUUCGACGAAGACAAAUGUGCCACGCAGCUCUACGAACACGACUUCCUCGGGGAGUUCGUAUGCACCCUCGGAGUGAUUGUUUCCAAUAAGAAACUUCACAGACCGCUGACUUUAGCCAAUGGGAAGCCAGCGGGGAAGGGCUCGAUUACGAUAACAGCUCAGGAGCUGUCUGACAACAGAAUCAUCACUUUGACCCUGAGUGGGCGGAAACUGGAUAAGAAGGACUUCUUCGGUAAGUCCGACCCGUACCUGGAGUUUCACAAGCAGGGCGAAGAUGGUAAAUGGAUGCUGGUGCACAGGACGGAGGUCAUAAAGAAUACUUUAGAUCCAUCAUGGAAAUCAUUCACUGUGCCGCUCAUUUCACUCUGCAAUGGAGACGUGGACAGAAACAUCAAGGUCCUGUGUUAUGACUACGAUAAUGACGGAGGACACGACUUCAUCGGAGAGUUUCUAACCACCGUUUCCAAGAUGAGUGAAGCCCAGAACUCAGUGGAGGUGGAGUUUGACUGCAUUAACCCCAAGAAGCAGAAGAAGAAGAAGAACUACAAGAACUCCGGAAUCAUCAUUGUUAAGUCCUGUAAGAUAGUGAGGGACUACACCUUUCUGGAUUACAUACUGGGAGGAUGCCAGCUCAUGUUUACAGUUGGGAUCGACUUCACGGCUUCAAACGGGAACCCCAGAGAGCCGUCCUCCCUCCACUACAUCAACCCGCUGGGCAGCAACGAGUACCUGGCCGCCAUUUUAGCCGUGGGACAGAUCAUACAGGACUACGACACGGACAAAAUGUUUCCUGCUCUGGGAUUUGGAGCCCAACUCCCACCAGACUGGAAGGUGUCACAUGAAUUCGCCAUUAACUUUAACCCCACCAACCCCUUCUGUUCAGGAGUGGAAGGCAUCGCUCAGGCCUACUCCGCCUGCCUCCCUCACAUCCGCUUCUACGGCCCCACCAACUUCGCUCCGAUCAUCAACCAUGUAGCACGUUUUGCCGCCCAGGCUCUUCAGCAGGAGAAAGCGGCGCAGUACUUCACCCUCCUCAUCAUCACGGACGGCGUCAUCAGCGACAUGGACGAGACGCGUGACGCCAUCGUCCAGGCCUCCAAGCUCCCCAUGUCCAUCAUCAUCAUCGGCGUGGGCAACGCCGACUUCGCCGCCAUGGAGUUCCUGGACGGAGACGCCAGCGUUCUGAGGUCCAGCGCGGGGGAGGAGGCCGUCCGGGACAUCGUGCAGUUCGUCCCUUUCAGGGAUUUCCGAAACGCGCCCAAGGAGACGCUGGCGAAGUCCGUCCUGGCUGAGCUGCCGCAGCAGGUCACCCAGUACUUUAAACAGAGGAACUUACCGCCUCGUAACUCUGCGCCCGAGUGACGCCGCCCGCAGCCGCCGGACACGACCUCCUCUCUCGUUUAUGGCAAGCAGUGCAAAAUGAAAGUGUAAAUGUCAGCUGUGAACAAAACAAAACAAA